AUGGAUGAUUUGUAUUAUUUUCUUUACAAUGAAGAAGAACCAGAGAGUGUGAAGGAAGCCAAAUUGGAGGUUCAUAAAAUUUUGAAGAAAAAUAGAGAAAGGCCAGAUAGGGUAAAUAGGCCAAUGAAAGAAUCGGAUACGGUAAUUUCGCUAGUUAAUAAUUCAGAAAAUAUUGAUAAAAAUGAAAAAAAAAAAUCAAUUGAUGUACCAAAUAUUGAACAAAAUGUACAUAAUGAUAGUGUUAAGAAAAAGAAAAAAAAAUCGGGAAAAAAUAAAAAGACAAUUGUAUCAAUAAAUUCACAAGAUGAAGGAUCAAAUAUUAGCAUACAGUCUUGUUCUUCUAUAUCGUCGUCAUCAGAUGGUUCGUCGUCUGUUAAUUAUUUAUCUAACAUAAAUAAAGACAAAUCACCAUCCUCUAUCAAAAACAGAAGUAAAAUAAUGUUUUAUAGAGAGGCUACAAGCAACGAUGAAGAAUACGAUAAUAAUAAAUUUACUAGACGUAAUAGCAAACGUAAACGGAAUGAAGAACAUAAUAAUUUAAAUGAACAUUGGAAAGGGAAAAAUUCUAAAUGGAGAAAAACAAAUAAUGAAGGAAAUGAAAAUGAUAAAGAUAUAUUACAACAGUUUAAAAUAAACUAUCAAAAACUUACAUCAAUAGAACAAACAUAUUAUAAAUAUAUGAUUAAGAAAUUAAAAAUACGAUAUGAUAAUAAAAAGAGAAUAUUUUUUGCAAAUGAAAAUUUUACAAAAACAUUUUCAGAUGUAAUAACAAAAAAUGGAAAUAAUAAUUUUAAUUAUAUAGGAUAUUUAGAAUAUUCAUUUCAUUAUUUAUUAGAAUGGUUAACACCAACAAAAGAAGAAAAAUUAUUAAAACUUAAAUCGUUGAUAAAGUUAGAAAUAAUUGUUAAAUCAAUUUAUCCAAAUUGUAAAAUGGAAGUAUUUGGAUCUUUUGUAACAGGCUUAUCUAUACCUGGUAGUGAUAUAGAUGUCUGUUUUAUGAAUAUUGAACAAAGUGAUCUUGAUACGUUAACUAUUAUUGGGUACGCUUUAAUUAAAUUAAAUAUUUGUAGAAAUAUGAGGAUAAUAAAGGAUGCAAAAGUAAGAAUAUUAAAAUAUACUGAUAAUGAAUCAGGUGUUAAUGUUGAUAUAUGUAUAAAUCAAAGUUCAUCAAGAGAAAGUACUGAAUUUAUAAAAAAAAAAAUAAAAGAAUAUAUAUAUUUAAGACCAUUAGUUAUAUUAAUUAAAUUUUUUUUAAGUUCAAGAAAUUUAAAUGAAACAUAUACUGGAGGUAUUGGCUCAUUUAUGUUAUGUUGUAUGGUUUUACAUUUUUUACAAAUCCAUCCAAUAUCUUUUGAUACCAAAACAUAUAAUAGUACAAAUUUAGUAAGUUUAAUUAUUGAGUUUUUAUAUUUUUAUAAUUUAGAAUAUGCCCUUAAUGAUAAAUGUGCAGUUUUAAGAGGGUUAGGUCAUGUUAUGCCUAGAUAUUUGAGAACGGAAUAUGAACGAAAUAAUAACAGACUAUGUAUUGAAAAUCCUAUAGAUACAUCAAUAGAUGUUGGAUCAAACUCUUACAAAAUUAGAUAUAUAUUACAUAUCUUUAGUUACAAUCUUUGUAGCUUAAUAACAUUAGUGAGCAAGUUAAAAAAACAUGGGGUCCCUUGUUUUAAGAAUAAAUAUAAUACAACUCAUAAGGAACGGAAUGAUAAUAAAUUUAUUCAGGGAAAUAAAUUAAAUCCAAAUUCAAUUUUCCCAUUAUUUUAUGCUCAUUUUCUUAAUCCAAAUAAUAUUACUUUUACUAAAAGAUUUAAAAAUAAUUUUCCAAACCCUUUAUGGAAUAUUGAUGAGUUUGAUUUUACAUAUACACAAGAAGAAAAAAAUAAUUUAUUUGAAAUGAUAUGUAAUGAUAUGUCAUCUUGUUUUUUAAACAAUUUGGGAGAAAACAUGGAUACAGUAAAUAUAUUCUCAGCUAUUGAUCGAACAUUCUUUUUUUCCUUAGAUGUUUUCAACAACGUAUUUAAAUGCGUCUAA